AUGGCUGUGCCUGGCAUUUUGCAGCGGUCUCUUGACAAAGCAAAUUUGACAACUGAAACGAAAUUCUGGCCAGGUGGCGUUCCCUCUUUCAUUAAGUCCCCAACAGAGAACUUCACGGUCAAGCCCUGGGAGUUCCCUCCGAUUGCCAAUGGCUGGUAUCGCUUUAUCCGAGAGAACUGGGUCUCAGGCGAUGAUGCAACGGAUGACUCCAAAGCUCAGCAACGUCGAGCCCUGAUCGAGACCUGGGUCACCGCUAAGCAGCAUUUCCGAGAUUCAUAUACAAACAAGACCCUAGAAUCAGAAAAGCGAUUCUCUCGUGAGACCUACGCUCUGGGAGUUAUAUCUUACUGCGCACGCCCCAAGACCGUCAAGAAAAUGGGGACUUUGGCUGAAAUUCUAUUGAUGUUCUAUGAUUAUAAUAGAAUGUGGGGUCAUAUUGCUAAAGAAACAUUUACAAUCACACUGAAGGAGAAUGACCCUGCUACUAUUGAUAACAUCAACCGAUAUCAGGCUCUAGAGACUGCUAAUUUUGGAAUCUUGGCAUUCAACAAUGCCGGAGAGGCACUCUAUGAUCCUUAUCACCCGUCUCCAAUUCUUGUGGAUGACUUUGCACUGAAUACCGGGUUGGUACUUGUUGUUCUCUCCUAUAACAAUGGCAAGCCUUAUCAGGGCUACCGCAUGCUCGCGUUGAAUUUCUUUUCUAUAUCAAUGACUUUUGUCGGCAUGGGAAGACCAUUGGAAGACCUCAUACAAUCAUAUGGCCAUGAUCCUGACCCAAAUGAUGAGCGGAUUUAUUUUUGUUUCGAACCACUUGACAUGGAAAAACCGCUCUCGGAGAUUCUGUUAGCUGAGCCGGAGGAUCAAGUAGUGGAGGAUGAAGAAGUAGAGGAGGCAUUGACUGAACUGGUUCCGGGCUACGUGGAAGCAGAGGCAGCAGGGAACGGUUUGGCGAAAGAUUUUGAUUUAUUCGGCUCAGAAUUCAACAUCUACUAG